AUGGCUCCGAAACGAAGUCGAGUAACUACCCCUGAAGAAGAAGUGGAGGAUGUUAUGCCCUCGAGUCGUCAAGUUGCGAACGGCGAUGGAAUGGAAGACUUGGACAAUGAGGACCUUCAGGCCGAGGAAGGCGAAGACGACGGAGGGGGAAGCGAAGAUGAGGAUGGGCCUACUAGAAAACGAACGCGUUUGUCUGAAGCGGGUGCUGGAAUUGAUGUAGAGCCCAAGGUAGAGCCAGGAACUCAAAUGAAGUCCCGAAUUACGCUGCCUCGAGAUCCUUCGGAUGGGUUUAUUCCCGGCUCGAUCGUCGGAAUUCGCUUGCACAACUUUUUGACUUACGAUGAUGUCGAUUUUCGCUGUGGUCCUCAUCUCAAUAUGCUCAUUGGUGCGAACGGCACUGGUAAGAGCUCAAUCGCGGGAGCAAUCGCGAUUGGUUUGGGCGGUACGCCCAACGUGCUUGGUCGGCAGUCAGAAAUACAAGGAUUUGUGAAGAACGGCAAGAAGGACGGCUUUGUUGAGAUCGAACUGAAAGGCCCCACUGGAGAGCCUAAUUUGGUCAUCAAACUCAAGAUCAAACUUGCCGAAUUGAAUGUUCAGGUCACCAACUUGUGUGCUUUCUUGCCACAGGAUAAGGUCUCUGAAUUCGCGAACAUGACACCUCAAAAAUUACUCCAAGAAACCCAACGUGCGGCGGGUGAUCCUAACCUGACUCAAUGGCAUGAAACCUUAAUUGAGAACUCGAAAGAGCUCAAGCUUGCGAGAGAGAUCCUCGAUAGCGACAAACGUGAACUGCAGCAUUUGGAAAGCCAGAAUGCAGCUCAAGAAGCCCAGGUCGAGCGAUACAAGCAACGAAGGAAAUUAGAGCGCCAGGUCGAGUUGCUUAGCCUUCUAUUACCAUUCGCCCAAUAUGCCGAGUCAAAGUUGCAGUACGAUGAACUAAAAAAGAAGCGUGAAUCUGCAAAAAGGAUGUUAGAGGAAGCCAAUGCCAAAAUCGAGCCGAUUCAACGAAAGAAAGAAGAAUUCGCUGCUCACGUUCGUGCGGCCAAUAGUGUUAGCCGUAAAGCAGCAGAUAAGCCGCUUGCUGUCGCAGAUAAGAUUAAGAAAAAGCACGGUGAGCAGGCAGAGGCCGAGAAGGAAAGCGAGGCCGUACUCGCGCAGCGCGAGGAGAUUAAAAAUAGAGCCAAGGCUCGCAAAGAUCGGAUUCGUUCCCUUAAAAAGGAGAUCGAGAAGUUGGAAAGGACUGUGGCUAAUGAGCCAGACGUAGGCGACACCGCCGAACUCAAUGAGCAGAGGUCUAACUUGCAACAUGAACAUCGCCUCAAGACUGAGGAGUAUCGUCUGCUGCAAGAUGAGCAACGGCGUAUUGCUACGGAGAUAUCUGUUAGGAAGGAUCGAGUAGCUGAGGCCCAACGAGGACUCCAGUCACUUAAUGAUAUCGCCAGUCAGCGUAUGCACAGACUGCGCCAAGCCGAUCAGGACGCGGCUGAUGUGGCAACGUGGUUGAGCAAGAACCAAAACAUGUUCAAGGAAGAAAUCAUCAUGCCGCCUAUGUUGUCCGUCUUCGUCAAGGAUACCAAGUAUCAGGCUCAAAUCGAGAGUCUUUUCAAUAUCAAUAACUUGAAGACUUUUAUUUGCCAAAACGAGGAUGAUUACCGUAAAAUGAAUAAGAGUGUGAAUGACGAUGGCAUAAUUGGAAGAAAGGUUCGCGUGAAUAUUUGGUGGCGUCCCCUUUCCGAUAGCCAGCCCCCUGUUCCACAAGAGAAUUUACUGAGCAAGGAGGAGGUGCAUUUAUUACAGGGCAAACUGCUCACAAGUUCGCGCUCUCAGUAUGGUCGUCGUCUCGCACAGACUGCUACGCGCAAGAUUACCGGUGCUCGAUUGUUUACUGGCAGCCAAGUCGAUACGGAGCGCCAAAGGGAGCUCGAACAGAUUAUUGUGAAUGCUCGGGCUGAGAUGGAUGCUGAAGAAGCAAAGAUGGGAGAAUUGACUGAUAAGAUUAACGGCAUCAAGGAGCAGAUCAAUAAGAUAAAUGCUGCCAAGAAACAGCACGAAUUCACUAAGGUCAAGCUAAGCAAUCGACGUAAGGAAUUAAAAGAGGAAGAAAGCAAACCUGAACCCAAAGAAGAAGAAGAAAAACUGAAAAAGAAAUGCUUAAGUCUGCAAUUAAGCGUGCUGGAAUCAUGCACGAGGCCGUGGCUUUGUUUGAUAAGCUGCAUGAAGCUCAAAUGGAAGCGACGCGCGCUGCUCUACGACAACCAACAAGCCGUUGCCAACGCAAAUGCGGUUGAAAGCUACUGUCGACUUAUGAGCAAGAGUCGACGAAGAGUUCCAACGCGCCAAAGCUAUAGUAAGAGAUUGCUCGAGACUACAAAGGCCAAGAUCACGCAAGUCAGUAUUCGUCGUGCCGGUGAAAUCCAUGUCCGUGACGCCGGUGAUGAUUACGCCAACUGGGCCAUUGAUAUCCUCGUCAAAUUCCGUGAGACGGAGAAACUCCAAAUUUUGGACGCUCAUCGACAAUCUGGAGGAGAACGUUCCUUGUCCACGAUUAUGUACCUCCUCAGUCUCACCGAGUAUGCCCGUGUGCCUUUCUCUCUAGUGGAUGAGAUUAAUCAAGGUAUGGACGCAAGUGCUGAACGCGAUGUACACAAUCAACUUGUUGAAGUUACUUGCAAUACCGACUGUGGCCAAUACUUCCUUAUUACACCCAAACUUCUCACUGGCCUUCAUUACCAUGAGAAAAUGAAAGUUCUGUGCGUUAACAACGGGGAUUGGAUGAUGCACCCCGAACCCCCCGUUCCGAACGCUGGAAACUUGAUGAAACUGGUGGAAAAUUAUGCCAAUCGGGCGGUGACCGCGUCGGCUUAG